AUGUCAACAACGAUUCUCUCUCUUUCUCCUCCUUUCUCCGUCUGCAACAAACUCAAUCCUCUCCUCUUCUACACGCGCCGUCGCACCGUUUCUCUCUCCUCCCGUUAUCCCCGUUCUCGCUUCAACCGCUUCGCAACUUCAAUUCGUCUUCUCACAGUUGCUGCUGCAUCAGAGAAUAAUGGUGUCUUCACUUCUCCUGAGAUAGCAAAAACUUUUGACUUUGCUGCAGAAGAACGCAUAUAUAAUUGGUGGGAGUCUCAAGGGUAUUUUAAACCGAACUUCGACCGGGGAGGUGAUCCUUUUGUGAUAUCAAUGCCACCUCCUAAUGUUACCGGUUCUCUUCACAUGGGGCAUGCAAUGUUUGUGACUCUUGAGGAUAUUAUGGUUAGGUACAACCGCAUGAGGGGAAGGCCAACACUUUGGCUUCCUGGAACUGAUCAUGCUGGUAUUGCAACUCAGUUGGUUGUUGAAAGAAUGCUAGCUUCUGAAGGAAUCAAAAGGGUUGAAAUGGGUAGAGAUGAAUUCACAAAAAAAGUGUGGCAGUGGAAAGAGAAGUAUGGUGGUACUAUCACAAAUCAGAUCAAGAGACUUGGUGCUUCGUGUGAUUGGUCUAGAGAGCACUUCACCCUUGAUGAACAGCUAAGUCAAGCUGUAGUUGAAGCAUUUGUUAGGCUUCAUGAGAAAGGCUUGAUUUAUCAAGGUUCUUAUAUGGUAAACUGGUCACCAACUCUACAGACUGCUGUUUCGGACUUGGAAGUUGAAUAUUCAGAAGAAUCUGGACAUCUGUAUCAUAUUAAAUAUCGCGUUGCAGGAGGUUCAAGGAAUGAUUGGCUGACUGUAGCUACGACACGUCCAGAGACUCUAUUUGGUGAUGUGGCACUGGCAGUUAAUCCACAGGAUGAUCGUUAUUCCAAGUAUAUUGGUCAGAUGGCAAUUGUGCCGCAGACAUUUGGCCGUCAUGUUCCUAUAAUUUCUGACAAGCAUGUUGAUAAAGAGUUUGGAACUGGAGUUUUAAAGAUUAGUCCAGGACACGAUCAUAAUGACUAUCUACUUGCUCGAAAGCUUGGUCUUCCAAUACUCAAUGUGAUGAAUAAGGAUGGCACACUAAAUGAAGUUGCUGGCUUGUACAGUGGCCUUGAUCGAUUUGAAGCCAGAAAGAAACUGUGGGCAGAACUUGAGGAGACAGGGUUAGCUGUGAAAAAGGAACCACACACUUUACGAGUUCCCAGAUCUCAGCGUGGUGGAGAAAUAAUAGAGCCACUUGUUAGUAAACAGUGGUUUGUAAGUAUGGAGCCUCUUGCUGAGAAAGCCCUUCAAGCAGUUGAAAAAGGAGAGUUGAAAAUAAUUCCGGAAAGGUUUGAGAAGAUUUACAACCAUUGGCUUUCAAACAUUAAGGAUUGGUGUAUUAGCAGACAACUAUGGUGGGGACACCGGAUACCUGUUUGGUACAUUGUUGGAAAAGACAAAGAAGAGGACUAUAUAGUUGCUAGGAAUGCUGAUGAAGCACUUGGAAAAGCUCACAAGAAAUAUGGAAAGGAUGUAGAAAUAUAUCAGGAUCCGGAUGUUCUCGACACUUGGUUUUCAAGUGCACUGUGGCCUUUUAGUACGCUUGGAUGGCCAGAUUUGUCUACCGAGGAUUUUAAUAAAUUCUAUCCAACUACAAUGCUUGAAACCGGGCAUGACAUAUUGUUCUUUUGGGUGGCAAGAAUGGUGAUGAUGGGGAUUGAAUUCACAGGGAAAGUCCCAUUUUCUUAUAUUUAUUUGCAUGGACUCAUCAGGGAUUCUCAGGGAAGAAAAAUGUCCAAAACAUUAGGAAAUGUAAUCGACCCCCUUGAUACUAUCAAAGAGUUUGGGACAGAUGCUUUACGGUUCACAGUAGCUUUAGGAACAGCUGGCCAGGACCUUAAUUUGUCCAAUGAGCGGUUGACCUCCAACAAGGCCUUCACAAACAAAUUGUGGAAUGCUGGCAAAUUUGUAUUGCAGAACUUGCCUAAGGAGAAUGAUAUAUCGGCUUGGGAGAAUAUACUCUCUUAUAAGUUUGACACUGAAGACUCUGUACUUAAUCUUCCUUUACCAGAGCGUUGGGUGAUUUCAAAACUUCACUUGCUUAUUGAAUCUGUUUGUGCAAGCUAUGACAAAUUUUUCUUUGGAGAAGUAGGAAGAGAAACAUAUGAUUUCUUUUGGGCUGAUUUUGCUGAUUGGUACAUCGAGGCUAGUAAAGGGCGGCUUUACAACUCUGGAAAUGAUGGAAACUCCGUUGCUUUUAUGGCACAAGCUGUUUUAUUGUAUACUUUUGAGAACAUACUCAAAGUGCUGCAUCCUUUCAUGCCAUUUGUAACAGAAGAGCUAUGGCAGGCACUCCCUAACCGGAAGCAUGCCCUUAUUGUAACACCUUGGCCAGAAACCCAACUUCCAAGAUGUACCAGCUCUAUAAAAAAGUUUGAAAAUUUGCAAACUUUGGUUAGAGCUAUCAGAAAUACUCGUGCAGAAUAUUCAGUUGAGCCUGCAAAGCGAAUAUCAGUAUCCGUGGUUGCAAGCAAUGAAGUUAUUGAAUAUAUUGCUGAAGAAAAAGAGGUUUUGGCACUUCUCUCUCGGCUGGAUUUACAAAAUCUGCGAUUUUUGAAUUCUUCCCCAGGAAAUGCUGAUCAAUCAGUUCAUCUUGUGGCUGGUGAAGGACUAGAGGCAUAUCUCCCUUUAGCCGAUAUGGUUGAUAUUUCUGCAGAAGUUCAACGUCUAUCAAAGCGCCUUGUGAAGAUGCAGAAGGAGUAUGAUGGAAUGCUAGCUAAACUCAAUUCUCCAAAAUUUGUAGAAAAAGCGCCAGAAGAGGUGGUCCGUGCAGUGCAAGAAAAAGCAACAGAAGCUGAAGAAAAGAUCACUUUAACCAAAAACCGACUUGAAUUUCUGAACUCUAAUGUUUUAGUUUCAAAAUAG